ACUGAAUAUAAGUACCGGCAAAAAUUUUAUUAUUCACACUUUGAAAUCAUUUGUGAAAAUGAGCCUUAAGUACUUCGGAAUUUUAGUCGCCAUUUUGGCGGUCGAGUCAGCUGUUGGACUAGAUCCAACAAUACAAAUAAAAUAUAAGAAACUCACCUCAAAAACUCCUGACAAUCCUUACUUCAAAAAUAUGGUAACGGAAAUCUCAGAUUCAGGGGAGAAAGGAACUGCGAAAUUUUCAAUCAGUAAAACGUUACCUGACACAACCACGAUAUCAGUAACUGUUGAGCUUGAAGGUCAAGUAGUCGCAGAUUUUGAAGAUAUGUUGAGUGAAUUGAUGAAGAACGAAGUUUACGGUAAAGAUAUGCUUAAGUAUGGAUUGCCUAAGGAUAAGUUCCCUAAAGAGAGCCCAAUCAGCCCAGGUGAUUAUGAAAUAAGCAAAUAUCCGAUUCCGAAGGAUAAAUUCCCUCCGGGCAUGCCACCUGGUGACUAUGAAGCAAAACUAGUUAUCGGGGAACCCGACUUAGGUCCAUGGGUGAUAGUGGAAGCCGUAAUUGAAAUUUCUCAUGAUGUUCCUGGAGUACCAGUUCCUGGACUAGGACGUUGAUUUAAUUCCAGAAUCUUUUCUACUCAUCGGUU